AUGCCUUCUGUACGCCAAAACAUUCUCCUCCUCGCGGCCACAGCGGUUGGAUCCGUGAAUGCCGCCUUUGGUCCUGCAUUCAGCACUGGCCCUACUUCUGCGAACUCUUACAUCUCCGAGGCAAUCUCCACACUCGUCCUGCCUCGCGCUCCUAGCAAUAACAAUGGCGAUCUCGCCCUGUGGGUUGGAAUGGGUACAUCAGCUGGCGACCUGAUCCAAUCUAUUGCCGAUAACUACCAGUCCAAUAGCUGGAAUGUGUUUGCCUAUACAUUGAAAGAGACAAGCUCGGACUCACAAGAGGUUAUUCAGGGACCCGCCGAGGUUGCUACACCAGGAAAUCGAGUGACUAUGCACUACAAGUUCGACGAGUCCACGGGUAACUACACUCAGACAGUCCUUGUAAACAACAAGAGCGUUUCAACACUAUCAACCAGCGACGGCUGGGCCGAGGGCUGGGGUAGUGCGGUGGAAUGCGCGACAACAGACUGUGGCACUGUUGAUGCUCAUUACUGGAUCAACACCAAGAUUACCCUCUCCGCUGCUGAUCCCGGUUACAUUGAUACCUUGGCUCUGGGUGAAGGUGUCAGCGGUAACAUGACCACCGCCGACGGUGGCAAGACAUGGAUCGUUCCCCGAAUCAACAUUCCCGAGUACAGCUUCUCGUCAUAG